AGAAGGGAAGGGGGAGAGCCCAGCACGCAGGCGCUCCUGGGCGCUGUCGAAGAAUCGAGUCACUGGAGCAGAGCGCACCAGCGGCGGCGACGGUUUCUGGAGUCCCCGCCCCAAUGCGAGUGUCUGGGCGGCCAGCAGCCGGCGGGCAGCGCUGUAGUAGCGAGAGCGCGGUGCAGGCAGAGCGAGCAGUGCGCUGUACUGGGGGGUGGGGGGGUCUGAGAGUGCCUUGUUUGGGCGAUGCGUCUCGCCGUGUCCCUGUGAGUGACUGCAGCCAGGGGGACUAGGAGAGCCUGGCAGAAGCCAAAGGUGCUUUUCCCCGUCUUGUCUUGGAGCUGCGCUGUCCGCAAAAGGAGGCGGCAGUCCGUGCACGAGGCUGCAGCAGCUGCAAAGCACAGAGCCUCUCCGGUGGCUAGAAGAGCAGCAGUGGGAAGAGGAGAUCGGGGACGAGGCGCGGGGCGCUCGUUGCCCCUGGACUCGGCCAUGUCGUCCGCGGCGGUGGCGGUGGCUGCUGCCUCCCGCAGGCAGUCGUGCUACUUGUGCGAUUUGCCCCGUAUGCCCUGGGCCAUGAUCUGGGAUUUCACUGAGCCGGUCUGCAGGGGCUGUGUCAACUACGAAGGGGCCGACCGGGUGGAGUUCGUCAUCGACACGGCUCGGCAGCUCAAGCGGGCUCACUGCUUUCAGGAAGGCCGGGUUCAGCAGCCUCCCCAUGCAAAGCAACAGCCCCCACCGCUCAGCGCCAAGGAAAUGCACUCUGCGGCGGUGGCUGCAGCUGAAGCAGCGUCCCGUGCCCCGCCGCAGCCGCAUGAGCGCUACUCUCUGGCAGCCGCAGCGCCUCCCGAGCGGCCGCCGCGACUGGGACCUGAAUACGGAGGAGGCAGCAGGCAGGUUAAUGGCAUCCUGGUGCCCAACGGGUUUUCCAAGCCUGAGGAACCGCCUGAGCUCAAUCGCCAGAGCCCCAACCCGCGGCGGACGCACGCCGUGGCCCCUACCCUGGUGCCCCUCAUGAACGGAGCUUCCCUGCCCGCUGCUAUCAAUAUUAACAGCCGGGCGGCGGCGGCAGCCUCCUUGGCGGCCAUCUCCGGGGCGCCAACCCCGCUGCAGGUGUCGGUCUCGCAAGCGCAGCAGAGCCAGCAGCAGCCCGGGGAAGUGGGGGGGCACAAGCGGCCCGGCUCGGUAUCUUCCUCGUCGUCUAGUAGCGGUGGCGGUGGCGGAGCCAGCGACCUGGAGGGCAAGGACAAGGGGCACCAGCAGGCGCGCGGCUCAGCGGACAACCUGGAGCAGCUAGGGGUGGACAGCAAAAGCCGGGGAGCGCCGGCGGCAGCAGCGGGCUCGGAACAGGAGUGGCUGGCCAAGCCGAAGACGGUGCGAGACACCCUUCUGGCCUUGCAGCACGGCGGCCACGCGGUGCCCUACGAGAGCAAGUUCAAGAAAGAGCCCGGCAUGGCGGGAGGGAGGCUGGUGGGCUACGACAGCAACGGGGCUGUGGCCAAAUCAGGGGCACGAGCUGCAAGGAAGAGAAAGCCUUCUCCAGAGCCAGAAGGUGAAGCUGGACCUCCUAAAAUCAAUGGGGAGGCACAGUCAUGGUUACCAACCUCGUCAGAAGGGAUGAAAAUACCAAUGGCAGCAGCAUCUUUCAUGUCUCCGCCACCACCAACUGCUUCACCUCAUUCCAACCGGACCACACCACCUGAGGCAGUCCAGAAUGGCCAGUCUCCUAUGGCUGCGCUUAUUUUAGUUGCAGACAAUGCUGGGGGAAACCAUGCCUCCAAAGAUGCCAACCAGGUUCACUCCACCACCAGGAGGAAUAGCAGUAGCCCGCCCUCUCCAUCCCCUAUGAACCAAAGAAGGCCAACCAGGGAGGUGCCAAGUCAAGGGACAAACACAGGAGGGAUGGAGCCCGUGCACCCUGCCAGCCUUCCAGACUCUUCGCUGGCAGCCAGCGUCCCCCUGUGCUGCACUCUGUGUCAUGAGCGCCUGGAAGACACCCAUUUUGUGCAGUGUCCCUCCGUCCCAUCCCACAAAUUUUGCUUCCCUUGCUCCAGACAGAGCAUCAAACAGCAAGGAGCUAGUGGUGAGGUAUAUUGUCCCAGUGGGGAGAAGUGCCCUCUGGUGGGUUCCAAUGUCCCUUGGGCCUUCAUGCAGGGUGAGAUUGCAACCAUUCUUGCAGGAGAUGUGAAAGUGAAAAAAGAGAGAGACUCGUGACUUUUCCAGUUUCUCAAUGCAACAUCAACUUUAACAUAAAACUGCUUGAAUUGUAUAUAUCUAUAAAUACCUAUAAAUACCUAUCUAUAUAUAUAUAUUAUAUAUAGGACAAGGGAAAUGUAGACUUCAUAAAACAUGGCUGUAUAAUUUUGAUUUCCUUUUUUGAAUACAUUGUGUUUCUAUAUUUUUUGAAGACAAAAGGUAUGUACUUAUAAAAGCAUUUCCUUUUUUUGUUUUAGCAACUAUUUGUUGUGCUUCCUUGGUGACAGUUACUGUUCAGUGUAGGCUGUGACUUGCGCUGCUUUUUUAGAGCACUUGGCAAUCCAGAAAUGCUUCUAGCUGUGUUUGUAUGCACUUGUUUUUUCUCUCCUCUUUUUGUUUUUUUUUAAAUGCCAAAUACAUCUUCUGACAUUGUAAAGAUC